ACUCUGCCCGGGGCAGGAUCACUCCCUAUUACUGGUGAUUGGGAGCCAGCAGAGACUGCCGGGGGAGCUUCUCCACCCACCCUGACUCCUAGAGCCCACAGAUACAGAAGACCAGAGGGGGACUGUCCGUCCACCAGCCAGACGCCUCCUCCCCAUCACCAGCCCCCACCCCUUGGCUGCUCCUGCUCUGGAAAGGCCUGGAGGAAGAGGCCAGGGAGACAGCCCCGCCCAUUCUUCCCUGCCCCUCCAUCUACCCAGCAGUGGCAUCUGGAGACCCCAUGGCCCAGGCGCACUGGUGCUGCUGCUCAUGGCUUGUCCUCCUCUGUGCUUGUGCCUGGGCCCACCCAAAGCCAGUGGACCUGAGAGGAGAGGAUGUGAGAAACUGUUCAACCAGCCCUCCGUACCUUCCAGUUACUGCAGUCAACACCACAGUGCAGCUCAUAGCCCUCCGCCAGCAGAUGCUCACCUGGAAUCUCUCUGCCUACAUCGUCCCUGACACGGAUGCCCACAUGAGCGAGUACAUUGGUAAACGUGACGAGAGGCGUGCGUGGAUGACAGGCUUCACAGGGUCUGCAGGAAGUGCAGUGGUGACCAUGGGGAAAGCAGCUCUCUGGACAGACAGUCGCUACUGGAUCCAGGCUGAGCGGCAGAUGGACUGCAACUGGGAGCUCAAUAAGGAAGUUGGCACCAGUCCUAUUGUCAAGUGGCUCCUCACUGAAGUUCCUGAUGGAGGGCGUGUAGGCUUUGACCCCUUUCUCUUCUCCAUUGGCUCCUGGGAGAGUUAUGACGUGGCCCUCCAAGGCUCUGGCAUAGAGCUGGUGUCCAUCACAGCCAACCUUGUGGACCUGGUAUGGGGCUCAGAGAGGCCUCCAGUUCCAAACCAGCCCAUUUACGCCCUGCAGGAGGCAUUCACAGGGAGCAACUGGCAGGAGAAAGUAUCUGCUAUCCGCAGCCAGAUGCAGAAGCACCACAAUGCUCCAACUGCCGUCCUUCUGUCGUCGCUGGAUGAGACAGCCUGGCUCUUCAACCUUCGAGGCAGUGACAUCCCUUAUAACCCCUUCUUCUACUCCUACACACUGCUCACGAACUCCUCUAUCAGGUUAUUUGUAAAUAAGAGUCACCUUCACUCUGAGACUCUGCAGUACCUGAACUUUGGCUGCACAGGCCCCAUGUGUGUGCAACUUGAAGAUUAUGGCCAAGUUCGUGACAGCGUCCAGGCCUAUGCCUCAGGAAGUGUGAGGAUCUGGAUUGGGACCAGCUAUACUACAUACGGGCUCUACGAAGUAAUACCCCAGGAGAAACUAGUAAAAGACACCUACUCCCCAGUGAUGAUGACCAAGGCGGUGAAAAACAGCAAAGAGCAGGCCCUCCUCAGGGCCAGCCACGUGCGGGACGCCGUGGCCGUCAUCCGCUACUUGGUCUGGCUGGAGAAGAACGUGCCCAGAGGCACGGUGGAUGAGUUCUCCGGGGCAGAGUUGCUGAACAAGUACCGAGGAGAAGAACAGUUCUCAUCUGGACCCAGUUUUGAAACCAUCUCUGCAAGUGGCCUGAAUGCUGCUCUGGCCCACUACAGCCCAACCAAGGAGCUGUACCGCAAGCUGUCCACAGAUGAGAUGUACCUGCUGGAUUCUGGGGGGCAAUAUUGGGAUGGAACCACAGACAUCACCAGAACAGUUCACUGGGGCACCCCCUCUGCUUUCCAAAAGGAGGCAUAUACCCGUGUGUUGAUAGGCAACAUCGAUCUGUCCAGACUCAUCUUUCCUGCUGCUACAUCAGGGAGAAUGGUGGAGGCCUUUGCCCGAAGAGCCCUGUGGGACGUUGGACUCAAUUAUGGUCACGGGACAGGCCACGGCAUUGGCAACUUCCUGUGUGUGCAUGAGUGGCCAGUGGGAUUCCAGUACAGCAACAUUGCCAUGGCCAAGGGCAUGUUCACUUCCAUCGAACCGGGCUACUAUCAGGAUGGAGAAUUUGGGAUCCGUCUUGAAGAUGUGGCCCUCGUGGUAGAAGCAAAGACCAAGUACCCAGGGACCUACCUGACCUUUGAAGUGGUGUCCUUGGUGCCCUACGACCGGAACCUCAUCGACAUCAGCCUGCUCUCCCCCAAGCAGCUCCAGUACCUGAACCACUAUUACCAGACCAUCCGUGAGAAGGUGGGCCCUGAGCUGCAAAAGCGCCAGCUGCUGGAGGAGUUCACAUGGCUGCAACAGCACACGGAGCCCCUGUCUGCAAAGGCCUCUCCAGCUGCCUCCUGGGCAUCUCUCUUGGCAGUCUCCACUCUUGCCAUCCUUGGCGGGAGCUUCUAGAAGCUUGGGAUUCCCUUGCUAACCUCUUCUCCCUCAGCUUCCCUCACCCUGCACCACCUAAGCCCCAAGAACCCCUACCAGCCCCUCACCUGGAAACCAUUGCCUUAAGCCUCCUUCUACAGAACUGAACCCCAGGGGCACAGGGCUUCUUGGCCAUAGGCAGAGUUUGGGGCCCCCUCUGAGCUUCCACACCCCACCCUCAGCUCCCAACCCCUAUCCCCAGGAUAGGAGAGCCAGCUAGUCCUUUUCCUUUUUUGAGCCCAGUAGGCCUAACCUAUAACCUGGCAGAGCCUGUAGCGUAGCCACUGCCUCAACCUCUCUACUAACCACCCCCCCGCCAGAGCCCCUGGGGCAGCCUCACCCUCUCACCACCCCCUGGUUAUAGCCAGAGCUGUUCUCAUUCACACUGGCUCUUGACUUGGUCUUCCCACCCCACUGAGGCUGCCUCUGGCCACCCCCACCUGCUUCUGGCCUGACAGUGGCCUCCUGGCUGUAGCCCACAGGUGAAAGGACAUCAGCUGACUCCAGGCUCCCUGCUGUGCCUGUAGAGGGAGAAGAGGGGAGGGUCGCUAAGUCCUCUGGUUGCAUACUGCCACCCAGGGUCAGGCAGUCAAGCCUGCCCCACAGGAGAGCCCAUAAACCCUGGGUGGGCCCCAUGUCAAUUGACAGGGGAGGGAGUUAAGCCAUUGGAAUUUGGCUACGGGUCAGGAGGGAAUGCCUGGAGACUCUGGAAUAUGGCCCUUCCAGAAGUUGGGACUGGCCUGAGCAGCAGUACCCAAUCACUAUCCCAGACUUCCUGACACGUGGUAGCCCUUUUAACUUUCAGAGUGCAGCCACGCAGCCAUAGUGACAACGCUAUUAAAUCCUCCAGCAUCCUUUGGGUGACCUUUAACCUGUGUGGGCAGAGUCUUGGUUCCCCAUUUUACAGAUAGGAAAACUAAGCUCAUCGUGGGGUGGGACCUGCUCAAGGACACACAGUGUUUGGUUGGGACAUGGUAGGGUCGAAAUGGGCUAGCAGACCGAGUUCUUUUGCCCUUCCUGCCCCUUCCGAGUUUGCUGCGCUUGCUGUUGGGGACAGGGGCGGGGGCGGGGUGAGGGGGAGAUUUCUCUGGCCAGCCCAGCCGUUAGCCACCUGGGCUCACAUCCUGCUAGAUGCUUAAAACAGCCUGGCAACAAAGCCUGCCUCUGAGUUUUGCAUUGUGUCUGCUGUGUUGACCGGUCUGCUGUUAUCUGCGGCUUUUGUGGUGCCCAAGGAGGAGGUGGCAGGGGGCAGGGAUGUGAGGUUCCCAGAAGCUCGGCUGGGGAGCACAGGCACUUGAGAGUGUGCAUGUGAGCAUGCGCAGGUUUGUAUAUUCACAUGCGUGCCACGCUGCGCCAACCACCUCCUGUGCUAAGUCUAUAACCUUGUGGGGCGGGGGGAGGAACUGAAGAUAAAUAAAUGCCCCCUUGGGCUCUGGUCCUUGGUCUUGUGCUGUAGGACUUGUCAAAUGUGGUCCAGGAGAGUGGGGGCCAGAACAUUUGCUCAGUGGAGUGCAGUCAAGAUGGGGAGAGAACCAAGUUUCUGGGACCGAGUGCUGAGCAAAGACACCAGGCUGAAGAGUCCCCCCAGCCUGGGACCACCCGGCCUAGUUUGCUGAGUGUGAGGGUGACCUGUGACAAUCAUCACUGCCGAGGCUUGGGUCCAAAGGCCCCAGCUCUGAGCUAUCCUCGCUGAGAGCCUACAGCACCUGACAGCUGGCUGAGUCACUCGCUCCCUCCCCUGCUCACCCACAGUGGUAGUUGCUACUAAUAAAAUUCAAGUCGUCAUCAUGUCAUCACUACCAUUUACUGAAGGUUUAGUGUACCAGGCACUGUGCUUUAUAAGCAUUUGUAAAUUUUAUUUUAUUGUGGUAAGAACAGUAAAUAUGAGAUCUACCCUCUUAA